CCCCACCUAAACAGAGAACGUACUCUUCCUCUCAUGCGAUCUUCUCCUUCUCUCUCUGUCUCCCUGCCUCACUAGCAUUCACUGACUCCUUCUGAUUCUCCACUUUGACUACUCUUCACCUUUCAUUCCAAAACUCGGUUCAAUCCAAACCCAACAUGACAAACCACCUCGCUUUUCAGUUCCUCCAUUAAGUUCUCGCAAAGAAUCAGGCUUUGCCUUGUUUCGCUCAUGGAAAUUACAGUGACCACCACAACAGCCUUGCCUACUACAAUCCAACUCAAGCUACGCCUUCCAACGUUGUUCUUCUCUGGGUCCCGUCCCCACAAAGUCUUGUCCUCUCUGGUCCUCUUGUUUUCUGAAACUGCCUCACUACCCUUUUGUCACCCCCUCACCUCGUAAUUUGGCCAUGGAAGCAAUUUGUUGGAGUUCUGGUGUUCGGGGAAAUGCCUCAGAGGCAAGUCCUGAUGGUUUUCUGGAUAACUAUGCGGAAAUAGGUGGAGGGUUUGUUUCAUCUUCAUCUCUGGUGUUGGACAGGGACAAGGGAGAGCUUGUGGCUGCUCCAGCCAAACUGGAGCGCAAGAGUGGGUCCAAUGAGAGAAGUGUUGAAAGUUUGAAGAACCAUAGCGAAGCAGAGAGGAGGAGGAGGGCAAGGAUUAAUGCACAUCUUGACACGCUUAGGAGUGUAGUUCCGGGUGCUAAGAAGAUGGACAAAGCGUCAUUACUUGGCGAGGUUAUCAGACAUUUGAAAGAGCUGAAAAGGAAUGCAGCACAAGCAUGUGAGGGUUUGAUGAUACCAAAGGACAGCGAUGAAAUAAGAGUUGAAGAACAGGAGGAUGGUUCAAAUGGCCUCCCUUAUUCAAUCAAAGUAUCGCUAUGUUGUGAAUAUAAACCAGGGUUGUUGCCUGAACUAAGACAAGCACUUGAUGCCCUUCAUCUUAAGAUAAUGAUGGCAGAAAUUGCAACCUUGGGAGGGAGGAUGAAGAAUGUGUUUGUUAUAAUUAGCUGUAGAGAGCACAACAUUGAAGAUACUGCAUAUCGUCAGCUUCUUGCCGUCUCUGUUCAUCAAGCUAUUAGGUCUGUACUUGAUAGAUUCUCUUCUUCAGAAGAUCUCUUUAGAACCAGAAAGAGAAGGAGACUUUCUAUAUUCAGUUCAUCACCUUUGGGAGAUUUCUUGUGAACACCAGUUCUUGAAAUAAUGUAUCUGAGGAUUUGAAAUACAGCACUUGUUUCAUUUACCAUGAACGAGGUAAACUUGUAACAUGAUCACGUGAAAAUAUAAUAGGCAUUUUAUCUGGGUUAAA